AUGGCUGCCAUGUCGACUAUCAAGUUCCUGGGCCAGAAAAUCGCUUUUCAGAACAGCCCUUCGGCAAAAAUGAGUAGGAUAUUGAGCCUCCAUUUGGAAACCAAAGUAUCAUCAUUCACGAAAGAGAAAGGUCAUAGAAGGACAAAAACGAGAACAAAAAAUGUCUGGGCAGAUCCUGCUGUAUCUGCAAUUACUGCAAAGCAAGACUUCGCGGAUGAAUUCUCAGUCUUCCUCGAGCUUGUCACUAUGACACAUGGAAGAGGGCACGUGAAGAUAGGUGUCUUCAGCCCGGUGAUAUUCAAAGAUCCCGACCUCGACCCCCAUGUGGCAUGA